UGAUUUCUUUUUUAUCUUUCCAUGAAUCUGAAAUCUUCAAACUUCUCCAUACUCUCCUCCGAUUUCACUGUCACCACAAGAAGACUGGACUCCACCCUUUACUAGCCUUUCUCCGCCCUCUACUCAGCCGGAGACCAAGUAAGUACAGUCGGAGGAAAGCUCUCUCUUUUUGUUUCCAUCGUAAUUUCAAGAAAAUUGAUUAGAUUUGGACUCCUUAAGUUUCAAAUGAUCAGUAAGUUUGUAUGAUGUUUGAUUGAUUAUAUGAAUUUGAUUCUAAUGUUUGUUUACAGGGUAACCCGUCAAAAUCUUGAUUGUUGACAUUUUAAAACCCUAAUUUUGGGAAAUGGUUUGGUUAAUUUGAAACCCUAGUUUUCUUAGAAAUUGGGUUUUGUGAUACGUGGCAUUGUAAUUAACUUUAUGGUGUUUUUCUUUUACCAUUUUAAUAGACGUUGUAAGAUGUAUUGUAUUUCUUCUGUUUAAAUAAGAACACACUUUGAUAUUUGAGGGGGAAACCUUGUAAUGAAAUGGGUAAAAUUUCACAGAUUUGUUGCUAUUUGUCUGGAUACAUUUUUUUAUUUGAGUACUUGUAUAAAGUGUAAUGCAGUUUUUUAAUCUUCUGUAGUUUACAAUUUAGAAUCCCUUAUCAAUUUUAAAGUUGGAAUUAACAUGUUUGAUUCCCAAAGAAAUAGUGUUGCAUGUUCCACUGCGGUUGUGUGCUUGACUGCCACAACGAUGAAACAGAGGCUGCCAUUGGUAUCUACUUGAUAGAGGUUAUGUAUAUUGCAAACAUUGUUAUCCUAUGUUGUUCCAGACAGGGUCCGGCUUCAGAAAAUUAUCUACCUUUUUGAGUGGAUGGAAAUAUGGAAUGUAUACCACAACGUAUUGGUGCUAAUUUGGAAUCUUAUCAAGAGUUGUACUCAUAUUUGUGUAUAACUUUUCUGUGUUUGUUAUCCAGUGUCCUAUUUCCACCAUUUCAUGAUGUGUGUUUUUUUGCUGCAGGUGAAUAAUCUAGAUACUCCAUGACCGUCGGACUUAACUCAACUGAGCUUACUCUUCUUUACUUAUUGUUAGGGAUACCUUCCUAAAAUAAGAAUGAUCUCAGUUGUGUAAUAUCAUAGCAUGGGUCCUGUUCUGGACCUUAAAGGAAGAAAGGAAACCACAAUGGAAGCUUCAGCUAGUGAAGAGCAUAUUGCUGUUGUGCAAAUGCCAAAAGAUAAAAACAUGAGAUCUGAAGGUAAUCAUGAGGGCAAGUUUGAUAUGAGAACCGCAUUAGGUGAGCAAGACCUGGAAAUAUGUAAAAAAGAAGAGGUUGAGGUUGAGGUUGAGGUUGACAUAAUAAACUGUAUGACUAAUGAUGAUGAGGGUACUUCGGUUCAACCUCAGUCUGAGGAUGCUACUGGCUCUUCAAGUUCCUUUGGGGACACAUUCUCUGAGGUUGGGAGUCGUGAAUAUGGAAGUGAUGAUGAGGUUAUGUCAGGAUUACGUGUGGAUGCUGCACCAACACGAGGAUUUGGUGGAUCAGGUGACUUGUUUCCACCGAGGAAGAAAAGGUUGACAUCUCAUUGGAGGAAGUUUAUACAACCUAUUAUGUGGCGUUGUAAAUGGGUUGAACUGCAGAUCAAAAAAUUCCAGUCUCAGGCCAUCAAGUAUGACAAACAACUCAAAAAACAUUAUCAAACUGAACCGGUAAAGCAUGGGAACUUUGAGUUGGAAGGUCUUUGUGCAAAGUCGAUGCCAUUUUCUCAUAAUUCUCAAAGAGAGAAACCUAUGAAGAGGAAGAAAAGGAAAAGACAUGAAGAGUCUGACACAGAAGUAUACAUGGCACAGCAUAAUUUAUUCUCGUAUUUUGCUACUUGCAGGUCUACCAUUGGUAAUGGUGGUGGAACAAUGGAUGAUGAUCAAACUAAUCUAGCUACUUCCACCGAUAAGAAUGUCAAUAACGAGUUCAGAGUCCCGGAUGAAUUAUUAUCUCUUGAAUUCAGAGAUGAUUAUUUCUUGGAACAAAUGCUUUGGAAGAUUGAAGUUGCACAGUCACAAGUCUGUGAAAUGAAGACCAGACUCAACACUGUAAUGACUGAAAACACAGGAAGGUUUGAAGACUUAAACUUGCUUGAAUCUAAUAAUGCAUUGACAUGCUCCGUUAGAGAAUCUGGUUCUCCGAGAAAUAGAGAUGGACCAUCUGUAGUUGCUGCGAUUGCAUCUGAGUUAAUGAAAUAUAACACGGGUGACGAUUCGGUCAAACCUGAAAAUGCAACUUCGAGUCAUGGAGAGGAAACUCAGCUUCACGAUAUAAAUGAACAAAUGGAACAGCCUCCCGUUGCUUCAAGAAAAAGAAGUACGGAUGGUAUAUUGAUAUACAACCGCAGGGCAAAGAAACCUCAAACGGAUUCUGGGGCUGUAAAGAUCCAUCCUAUCGAGAAGCUCCAGCAACCUAAGGAGAAAGCCGACAACGCAGGUCCGAUUUCAGUUUCUGAAGACUCUAGCCAGAAUGAACAACCGGCUCCAAAACUGCGAUCUGUUUCCAAAUUAACCGCCCCAAAUAACAAGAAAAAAAGAGCAGCUAGAGCACGACGUAAGGGUGGUUCAAGCCUAUGGAGCCGCAGAACCUCAGGUUAGGCUUUGACAUCAUCUUGUACAUCCCCUAACCAGUUUUCCCCCAUCAUCUUAUUUUUCUUUUUCCUCUUUUUUUUUUUUUGUGAAUAAAAAAGGUUUGAUAACUUGAUAUAUCAUGCUGGAAGACAUGGAUUUGCGUAGUCUCUCUUUCGAAUACCAGUUUUGGAGGUAUAUGUAUAUGUCUUUUUAGUAGAUCAAAUGGGUUUGCAAUGGUUUUGCUUAA